GUCCAUCAAGCCCUGCUGACCGCUUUCAGUUUUUCCGCCAUCUCAUGAGAACAAGAGCAGUUUAUUCUGAGUCUACCACUGGUAUUUUGAGGAAUCCCUCUUCUCCUCAUCCUCAAUUCCCAGGUUACAGAGGGACUGUCUUUGUCCAGCUAUGGAACUCUUUAUUCUGUUAGUCCUCACUUUUUGCUGUUGCCAAGCUGUGCCUCUCGAAGGCGAGGAUGCCGACUGUGACAGCCCCGACGUCUUCAGUGCUGUGGACCUAGCAGUGAAGGCACACAAUGAAGACCAAAAGCAUGGCAACCUAUUUGCACUAAGAGUGAUCCUUGCAGCCCGUAGAACAGCAGGCCCUGGCAAAAAUUUCCUCAUCAAGUAUCAACUCGCAGAAACCUCUUGUCCUCUCAAAGGAAGUGUUUCCUGGCAAAACUGUGAGUUCCUACCACCCUCAGAAGGAGACUCAGGGGAGUGUACAGCUGAAAUUCACACCGAUGAUAGCCAAGUCUUUUCCAGUGUUUUCCAAACAUGCAGAAUUACCACAGCCCCAGGAAAGGUGACCCGUUCCCAUGCAAGAUGCUUGGGAUGCUGGCACACCAUAAGCAGUAAAAGCGAGGAGCUGGUCCCCAUUUUGAGGCGUGCCAUAUACCUUUUUAAUAACGAAAGUGAUCAGCAACCCCUUUUUGAUGCUGUGGGAGUAGUACAUGCUGCACGUCAGGUGGUUGCUGGUUGGAAAUACAAAUUUGAAUAUUGGAUACAAGAAACAAAUUGUUCCAAAGCUGAUUUUGCAGAUAUGGCUCCUGAAUGCAAAAUCCUUCCGAAAGGUCACGUAGGCAGCUGCCAUGUCGAAAGCUAUGUGGACUUUAGAAACACAAUUGUGAAUGUUGAACAAAAGUGCGAACUUGAAGUAGACACAAAGAAAAAUUGCCCUGGUUGCCCAAGAACAAUUCCAUCGGAUAGCCCACAGCUGAAGGAACCAUUGGCAGCUAUUGUUGAAAACUAUAACACAAAAUGCAGCAAUGGAUUCUUAUACAGAAUUACCAAAGUGACCAAAGCAACAGUCCAGAUUGUGUCUGGAAUAAUGUAUCGAAUAGAGUUCCAAAUCACAGAGACAAAUUGCUCCAAUGCUGAAGUUCAUGAACUUAAUGAAGACUGCAUUGCUAUGGAAAAUAGUGAAUCGUUGCAGUGCUAUGGCUCUGCAUGGGAGAAGCCCUGGCAGCCAAAAAGCGAGGUUGAAGUCACAUUCAAAUGCAUGGAGAAAGCAUUUAACACGGCACUUUUGAGGAGGCCUCCAGGCUUUACCCCUUUCCGAAGUGCUGCGAUGGCUACUGAGGAAAAUACCCAAGUAUGUGGACAUAGACAUGGCCAUAAAAAUGGACAUAACAAAACAAAACCUAAGUCGUCUGAGGACUUACAGGAAGAUGCAGACAAACAUGAUGAAAGCUUACCUACAGCUAGUACUUCAAACCCUCUGAAGCAAGAAGACAUUACAGCAAGAAGUCCAGGUGAAGAGUCUGUUGGGUUCCCAUCUCCAGACAGCAUUGUGCCUUCACUUUCUCUUUUUGAGCGACUGCCAGAUCUGCCCGAACCUCCUGCUCCAAAAUGUCCAGGAAAUCCAUGGAAACCUAUUAUACUUCCCCCGACAUCUCUUCCAGAUCCGGGUGAUUUUGCACUUGAAGAUCUUCUACCUAGUGAAGGCGAUGUGGUCGAACCCAAGGAAAUAUCUGCAGUCGCGAUCCAGCCAGUGGCUGCAGAUUUUGAUCUUGCAGAUGCUCUGUAUUGAAUCAACACCCAGUUUAUUUCUUCAGGAACUCCUGCAGUGGUUAAGGUGAAAACAUUAAUGGGACUGAGGUUGCAACAGAAAUAGGAAAUGCACAAGGCAUAUUUUAAAAUUCAGAUAGCAAUUAUAUCUGUUUCACAAGAUGUUUCAGGUGGUCUACUUAUUAUCGAUCUCUGUUUAAACAUGUGUGUCACUUUUAAUUUUGUACUAAAAAUAGGGGGGGGGGGAGUGUUAAAGCAGAUUUUACAAGUUCCCAGACUGCUCCAGAGUUAAGUUUUGUCUGCAGCCUUUGUUGGCCAGCCAUUUUCUGAGAUAAUUUAAACUGCAAACUCUGAUGUCUACUUGUUAGUUUUUUUCCUGCUAUGUUGGAAAUAAUCUGAUUUCUCUGGUAGAACUAUAGCAAACGUGAAAUGCAUAUAUAAUCCACUCUUUCUGUUAUGCAGUAAAUCUAGCUGUACCCGCUUCCUUGGCUCUAGCAAAUAAAAAUCAAGCAUCAAA